AAUUUUUUUCUGUAGCAAAUAAUAUUAUUAGAUUAGAACUCUAUGACGCGGGGUUUUAUUGUUGUUAUUGAUACAGUGAUAUCACGACGGGUCAGUCGCCGAUUUUCGUCAGUGAUAACCACGAUUUAAGAUCAUAUUCUACAAAAUAUCUCAUUAAAUUUAAAGUAUCUAAAAUCGUGGCGAUAAUAUUGAUAAUUAACGUGAUUUGGUCACAAUGUUUUAUCCAUCGGUAAUGCUGUUAUAUUAAUAAUAAUACUAAUAUUUCAAACUGCGCGUGCCCAAUCUAACCGGUUCAUUAGUUGGGAUAUUUAGACCAUUCAGUUCACUGGGUGCUGUUUAUUUUAUAUUUUAAUGUAUUCGGUUAACACUUCAUCAUGAGUGUAAACAAAGAGGCCAUGGAAUGUGAACCUACUACAAAUGAUGACUAUGAUGAAUUUAAUAAUGUAGAACCAGGAUACAGUGGUAUAGAAGAACCAUAUGAUUGUUCAAGACCUAAUGACAAUUUUGAACCACACGAUGCUUCAGGACCUUCUGAUGAUUUAAAACAAGAUUGUUAUCCAGAAACCAAUGAUUUAGAAUCAAAAGAAAAAAGUGAACCACUGUUUGUCAUAGACAAAACUAAAAACUUUAGACUAAAUCGCCCAAUACAAUACGAGAUUUCACCUAAUAAAAAUAAAUAUGGAAAAAAUAAUUUUGCGGCACAAAGACAAAAUUCAUGUUGGAAUUGUAAUUCUGUAAAUCAUUCCUUACAUAAUUGUCCAGAACCCAGAGUUCAAUGGAAAAUUGCAAAAAACCGAAAUGCUUUUCUUAUGCAAAAACAACAGCAACAAAAUUCUGGCGGUAGAAACUUCAAAAAUCGAUUUGGAAAUCAUAAAAAUGUACGAUACUUUAUAGCAGGAACUAAAACUCUAUGGAGUGAUUUAACACCUGGUAAAUUAAGUGAUAAUUUGUUAAAAGCAUUGGGUGUUCCUGAAAAUGGACUUCCAGUACAUAUCUAUAAAAUGCGAGAACAUGGUUAUCCUAGCGGAUGGCUUGAAGAAGCUAGAGAAGAAUAUUCCGGAAUUUCAAUAUAUACUACACCUAAUGAAUGUUUACCUCUUCCUGGUAGAGAAAAUGGAAUAAAUGAUUAUUUCCAUUGCAAUAUCAACGAGAGAAAAUUACAUGAAUUUCCUGGAUUUAAUGCUCCUUGUCCACCAGAUGUUAUUGAUGAAGGGAAAAAAUUUGGUUGUCCUGAAUAUAAUCCCGAGCAAAGCCUUAAACAUAUGUAUGAAAGAUUAAAAAAUGGGCAAAUCGGUAAAAAUGGAAUAGCGUUGUCUGGAACUAGUAGUCAAGACAUGGGUCUUGCAUCUAUCAAAAAUGAAUGUUCAACUGAUGGAAACACCUUGGAUAUAAAAAUUAAAGAAGAAUUAAAAAAAGGACCACCCUCAUCGCCAGAAGAUGGAGAAAUUACGGAAGAUGAAAGUAAAUCUGAAAAUAAUGACGAAAAGUUCUCAUCUAAUGAAACAGUGCCGGAAAUUGAUGAGCAAAAUACUUCAAAGUCCUUUGUAAGUUGUGUAGAUACCCAAAAUGAUUCUCAAACAAAUAUCUCUGAUUCAAAAAUGACGGAAAAUGAAUUGUUCUCAACACCAACAUCAAAAAGGCAAUUUGGUGAUGUGAAAUCUGAAAUCCUUGGCACUCCAGUUCUUAAAAACUUUUCUUCAUAUGGAAAUAGACCAACCCAUGAACAUUUUGCUAAAGGAAUGGUUGAUAUGGUAGAUCAUGAAAACUUACCAAAUUCAAUAGGGACAUUCCAAAAAUUGAAAGAAAUAUUAAAAGAUGUACGCAAGACAAUUAAAGAUUUAAUAUGAUUUACUUUCACAUUUUAUUUAGACAAAAUUAUUUUGUCGCUCUUAAAAUUAAGUUAUAAUUUUAUCAAUAUUUACAAUGAAAAACUCAAUUCAUGAACUAUUAGUGACAAUAUACUUUCAUUAGUAUUGUUUUAUUAUAAACUUAUAUUAAUAUAUUCAUGACAAAUAUAAAACAUUAAUAUUAAAAAAAUGUAUAAUUAUUCAAUUUUAAUUAUAUAAUUUCAGACUUAUCUUUCCACUUUAUGCUUAAAAAAUAUAAUGAAUUAUAGAGGUUAUAAAUACAUUUUUGGGACUAUAAUAUUUAAUAUUAUAAUGCAGUAUAUAAUCAUGUUUGUAUUUGUUUAGUUACGAUAAUUUCUAGUAUAGUUGUGUCUAAUAUAUUGACAUGUAACUUAAUUAUUAUGCUAAAACAUAAUUUUAAUGAUUUUUACUGCGUUAAUUUUUUAUAUAACAACACAGUAUUUCAAAAGCUAUUAACAUUUCACUUUAUAAUUUCCAGUCAAAAUAAAACCUAAUUAAAAAAAAAAAAUUAUUUAUUUUAUUGUUAUAAUUUUUAUUUUUACUUUUUUGAAUGACAACAUUCAUUUUUUUUUUAUUCUGAAGUUAAAUAUUUUUCAUAGUAUCAUUAUACAUAAAAAUUAAAAUUUGGAGAAGUAGUUAUGAGUAAUACUCAAAGUUUAGUUGAGCAGAAUGAAAUGACACGAUAACAAUCCGCAAAAUAUUGGUCUUCUACCUUGCUCAUCUAAAUUUUAAAUACUUAUUUGUUAUUAUUCUUAAACUACUCAUCUGCCCUUUGAUUUUUAUGUACCUAGAUACUCCAAUAAAUAUUUCACUGCAGAACAAAAAUUAAAUAUGUAUGUUGUAUUGUUGUCAUUUAAAAAGUUAAAAAAGUUAAAAAUUAUAUGCAAUUUUAUUUUUUUAAAUGGUAAUAGAUUUUGUAAUAAUAAGUAUUGUUUGAUAAAAAAAUUAUCCUGUAUGUAUGUAUGUAAAUGUAUAAUAAUAAUUACUAUUGUUACAUUUUGUUUUAUUCAGUAAGUUAUUAAUAAUUAAUUUAUAUCAAUUAACAACAAUUUCCUUUACAUUUUCUAAUUUAUAACCAUCAUUUUCCAAGUAUUGGUAAAAUAUAAAUUGAGUUAUAUUAAUUUAAUAUCUAAAAGAACUGAGUUUUGCAUAUUAAAAUUUAAUAUUUAAGUUUCGCCAUUAAAACCAUAAAUACUAAAAUUGUGUUCCUAUUAUAAUUUGAUUAUGUAUAGUGAGCGACACCAAAUUUGGCUAAUAAUUGAUGCGACCUCAUACAUUAUGUUAUGCAUGUAUUUUGUAAAUGGUAUGGGAGUAGUUGAGAGCCUAUAGAUACUAGUAAGAGUAUGGCAAGCGGGAGGAGUAGCCUAGCCUAACCUAACCUAGGAGGAGUAUGUUGUCCAUUUUUCGUGUCGCUGACUAAAUAAACUAUAAUAAGAAUAUUAUAAUAUAUAGUAAUGAUUUAUGUAAUUAUUUUUUCUCAAAUUAUAGACAUAAUCUGUACACAAUGUAACUUAUUUUACAUGAUUGAAAUUAAUCAGUUAAUUAUCAACAUUUUUUAUUAGUGAAACUAGUUACGACUCUUUUAGUAAGGAAUUAUUGAAUUUGGAUAACAAAUGUUUAUUUUUUCUUCACAAAAUAAAGACAUGUUUUUGAAUUAUAGUAAUAUUCUAGAGAAAUAAACAUUAGUUUACCAUCUGAUAAAAACAUUUUGAAAAACAAGAAUGUCUGAACUAACAAAAUGUGUUAUUAUAUUUGGUAUCUAUUAUAUAAUCGAGUUGUAAAUAAAUUAAAUAUGUUGUAACUUAUAUUAAAUUAUUAAGUGUAUUAAUAGUAUUUUGUGUACAAAGUGUAUAAGUGUCUCAUAUGAAUUGUCCCAUUAGUAACUUUUUAAAAAUCAGCUUUAAACAUUAAUUUUCUACAUUUUCACAAUUAAAAUUGUAUUUUUAUCUUUUUAUCAAAACUUUACAUAAAUAUAAAAAUUGUAUCAAUUUAUGAUUUAUACAUACAUAUAUUUAUGUGUGUAAAAACAUUGUACUAUAUUGUACAAAAUUAUUAUUCACUUUAUUUAGUAAUAUUUUUGUCUUAUCUAUUAAGCCAAUAAUUGUACAGUAUAAAAUAUAAUACAACCUUAUAAAUUUAAACUAAUAAACUAAUAUUUUAUAAUAGAAUUGAGUUUUAUGCUUUUCACAAAGUAAAAUAACUAUUUUAUGUAAACUUUAUAUCUUGUAUUUAAAUGAUGUAUUAAAUCAUAUUAAUAAAAUGUCUUUUGCAGAAUA